GAUUGCGUAGUAGGAAGCUGUUUGAACAAGAUCUUCCUGUCUUCGUUUAAAUUUAUACUCAAAAGUAAUGCCUAAAAACUUCCUAACAAGUAUUGGAGUUUCCUCAAAUUUUGCAUGUAAAGUUUUUCAAAGCUCUCUGGAAUGAAGAAACUAGAUUUUGAAAAUCAUUUGAGGCGAGAAUGGCGGGCAACUCGUCUGACGAUAAAACAAGAAAAUUGAUUGAUGAAUUUUUAUGUUUUACAAAACGAAUUGGUCUGGAAAUCGUUAAAGAGGACAUAGAAAUAGCGAUAUUUCUGAUUGAAGAGAAAUUACCAGAAGAGAACGUAUUGGAGAUAAAGAAAGCAAAACAACCCGGAGUACAACUAGUGUCUUGUUUGAAGAACAAUCGAUUGUUAUCUGAGAACAACUUGGACUUCUUUAUAGAGUUAUUGAAGGAGUGUCGCAGAAUCGACUUAGCGAACARAGUGAAGGAAUAUCGCAAAACUUCAGUCACGACGCUGAAGAGUGCUCCACCAGCUCAAAUAAACGAAAAAAUACCCGGCUACAAAAUGGAGUCCCUAUUUUUGGUUAUAAAUGGCCAGAAGAGCAGCGUUACUGUUAAUCAAUUAGACCAUAUCAGAGAGUCAAUAAGCAGAGCUCUUGAUCUUAAAAUAUCUGAUGUCUUUUAUGUUGCAACUGAUGAAGAUGAGGAAAACCCGCAAUACUCGCAACUAAGACUGCAAUUACCCAAAACAGAGGAGAAAAUCAACCAAUUGCAGAUAGAUGCAGUGAAUAAAAAGCCUUGGUUAACUGACUUGGAAGUUGUUGAGCUCACAGUAGACAACAAGUCUUCAAUAAAAAUAGCAGAGAAGAAAAAAGGAGAUGUGCCGAAGAAGCCUAAGAAUGGAGAGAAGCAAUCAAAACCACCUUUACUGAGAAAUCAUAGUGUCUUAGGACUAGAUCCAAGUCUAAAAAUUCACUGUAAUCAAAUGCUUGACAUUGUACUGGCAAUAGAACUGCCUUCUACAGUUGAUGUAAAUAAGCGCAGGGCAGUAGUAGGAAAAUUUGAGUCUGCAAUGAACAAAUACUAUUYUUGGCACAAGGAAUUACACAGUUUCAGGCUGGCAGCCAUUAAGUUUGGUAACCAUACCAAUGUUCCAGUACGACAACCUAAUCAACAACAAAUUGCAUUCCUUGUCAAAGAAUUAUCUAAUGAUUUGAAGAUGACAGCCAGUGUGAAGCCUGAGGUACAUUGUGGAGGCAUAAUGAACUCUGGGCUAGCAGAUGCUUUGAGUAUGGUGCAUAGUCUUAAAGAUGAUAUGCACAGAGAAGCCACUAAGCUGUGUAUUGUGAUUUGUUUUAUUACAAGCAAUUCUGCCAACCUUGAGCACUACAGAUGUUGCUUUGGUUACGAUGUAAUUGACCUGGGCCACGUCCUUGCAACUGAUGCCGUACCAUUAUACAUCAUUGGUAUUGACCUGGAAGGAACACAGACCAGUCCUUCUCAAGCACCGGAUAACUAUCUCUUGUCAGGCCUCACUGCUAUCACUGGGGGACGAUACUUUCAAAUUCAAGACAUAAGCUUGUUGGAAGAGGUUAGCCAACUGUUAUAA